CGCGUUUCCUCCCACCCAGGGGCCAGGGAGACUCAGGGACAGAGGCCCGCCCCCGCGCGGCCAAGGCCCCGCCCCUCUAGGCCUAGGCCCCGCCCCCCGCUCUCCCGGUUCCCUGCGCACCCGCCCCUCCAGCGGAAGCCGGAAGCAAAAGCGGGCCCUGCUAGCCCCGCGGCUCCGAACUCGGUGGUCUUGGAGGCUCCGCAGGAUGGGGGAGAAGAUGGCGGAAGAGGAUAGGUUCCCCAAUACAACUCAGGAGGGUUUCAAUGUCACCCUCCAUACCACCCUGGCUGUCACCACAAAAUUGGUGCUCCCGACCCCUGCCAAACCCAUCCUCCCAGUGCAAACAGGAGAACAGGCUCAGCAAGAGGAGCAGUCAAGUGGCAUGACCAUCUUCUUCAGCCUCCUUGUCCUAGCUAUUUGUAUCAUAUUGGUGCAUUUACUGAUCCGAUACAGAUUACAUUUCUUGCCAGAGAGCGUUGCUGUUGUUUCUUUAGGAAUUCUCAUGGGAGCAGUUAUAAAAAUUAUAGAGUUUAAAAAACUGGCAAAUUGGAAGGAAGAAGAAAUGUUUCGUCCAAAUAUGUUUUUCCUCCUCUUGCUUCCACCUAUCAUCUUCGAGUCUGGAUAUUCAUUACACAAGGGUAACUUCUUUCAAAAUAUUGGUUCCAUCACCCUGUUUGCUGUUUUCGGUACGGCCAUCUCCGCUUUUGUAGUAGGUGGAGGAAUUUAUUUUCUGGGUCAGGCUGAUGUAAUCUCUAAACUCAACAUGACAGACAGUUUUGCAUUUGGCUCUCUGAUAUCUGCUGUGGAUCCUGUGGCCACUAUUGCUAUUUUCAACGCACUUCAUGUGGACCCCGUGCUCAACAUGCUGGUUUUUGGAGAAAGUAUUCUCAAUGACGCAGUCUCCAUUGUCCUGACCAACACAGCUGAAGGUUUAACAAGAAAAAAUAUGUCAGAUGUCAGUGGGUGGCAAACAUUUUUACAAGCCCUUGACUACUUCCUCAAAAUGUUCUUUGGCUCAGCAGCGCUCGGCACUCUCACUGGCUUAAUUUCUGCAUUAGUGUUAAAGCAUAUUGACUUGAGGAAAACACCUUCCCUGGAGUUUGGCAUGAUGAUCAUUUUUGCUUAUCUGCCUUACGGGCUCGCGGAAGGAAUCUCACUCUCGGGCAUCAUGGCCAUCUUGUUCUCAGGCAUCGUGAUGUCACACUACACCCACCACAACCUCUCCCCAGUCACCCAGAUCCUCAUGCAGCAAACACUUCGGACCGUGGCCUUCUUGUGCGAAACAUGUGUGUUUGCAUUUCUUGGCCUGUCCAUUUUUAGUUUCCCUCACAAGUUUGAAAUUUCCUUUGUCAUCUGGUGCAUAGUGCUUGUACUAUUUGGCAGAGCGGUAAACAUUUUCCCUCUUUCCUACCUCCUGAAUUUCUUCCGUGAUCAUAAAAUCACACCGAAGAUGAUGUUCAUCAUGUGGUUUAGUGGCCUUCGAGGGGCCAUCCCCUAUGCCCUGAGCCUGCACCUGGACCUGGAGCCCAUGGAGAAGCGGCAGCUCAUUGGCACCACCACCAUCAUCAUUGUGCUCUUUACCAUCCUGCUACUGGGCGGCAGCACCAUGCCCCUCAUCCGCCUCAUAGACAUUGAGGACGCCAAGGCACGCCGCAGGAACAAGAAGGACGUCAACCUCAGCAAGACAGAGAAGAUGGGCAAUACUAUUGAGUCGGAGCAUUUGUCGGAGCUUACCGAGGAGGAGUACGAAGCCCACUACAUUAGGCGGCAGGAUCUCAAAGGCUUCAUGUGGCUGGACGCCAAGUACUUGAACCCCUUCUUCACACGGAGGCUGACACAGGAGGACCUUCACCAUGGGCGCAUCCAGAUGAAAACGCUCACCAACAAGUGGUACGAGGAGGUGCGCCAGGGCCCCUCUGGCUCUGAAGAUGAUGAGCAGGAGCUGCUGUGACAGGCACCCAAGCUUCAGGCAGGCAGGACCCAGGAUGGGCAUUUGCCACCCACAGACACCCAGCAGGGGCCUCCCAGAGGCACAAGCAUUUGGCAGCCACCUCAGGAUAUAAGAGAGGAUGGAGACCACAGAGACUUCUUAACCUAGAACUUUCCAGGCCUUUGGAGCCAGUUGGCUUCUGAAAUGCGUGUCAUCGCCCCACUCCUCACUGAGCCAGCCUCUCUGCCCUUGGUGUUGCAUCUUGGCCCCCAGAUUGGAGCGACCACUUGUCCCAGGUGAACACUUCCCUCUGCCUCUGCAGCCCGGCAAACAGUCACCUGUCAGGCAGGGUUCUGCCCAGUCUGCUGAGGAGCAUGGGUUGGCAGUUUGUGCCAUUCACAAGCCCCUGCCUUUGUCACAGCCCCUGCUGAGAUGGGCCUUUGUGCUGGCAGGUAGGAGUCAUCAAGGUGCCUGGAGGUAAGCAGCAGCCUUCUGACCUAAGUGGCAAGGCCCAGAAAUCUUGACAACCUCACCUUCCCCUUUGCAGUAGUUCCUGCUUUCCCUGGGAAAAAAAACUGAGUGACCUUUUUUCCCUUAACCUCUCAUUGGCACCUCACUGCUUGUUUCCCUGGAUGGCAGGCAGCUGCUGCCCUUCUCAGGGUGUAUUGUGAAUGUUUACACUGGUACCCUCGAGUAUCUUUUCUGAGAUAGCCCCACUGGAAGGUGCAACCCAGGGUUUUGAGGGUGGAAGAGCGAGCCUAUUCUGUGGGGUCAGAGCGCCCUCUAGGGCGAGAAGCUAGAGGCACAGGCAGUCUUGAUUCAGAGAGCUACUAGUGCCCUCCUGCCAUGUGAUUGUCUCCCUGACUGUGACUCUCCCACUUGGUGGUUCUUUUAUCUUUUAUUUUUAUAUAAAGCAGGGUAUCCUCCAUCCUGCAAAACAGAAUGAAAGCUCCUCACUGGUGGUUCUUAUUUAUCCAACUGAGGUCCAUUUCCUGGGCUCUGCAGUGUGCAAUCACUGGUUACCUGCUGCCACCUUCACUGCUAAUCAGGAUUCUGUUCUCUUUCCCCUCUCCCAGUUCCCUACCAUGUUGCAUUUCUUUUGUCACCCAUGCCAAGGUAUCAGCUGCCCAGAGCACUGGGGAAGGGGCCAGAGCAACAACAUGUGGUUCUCCUCCCCAUCCACCCCAACUUAGGACCCCAGUGGCCUGGAGCCAGGUGUGCUGGCUCAGCCACACACACACUCAGCCAGCCUGCCUUAUCCCUCAACUUGGACUUCCCAGCUGUCUUGGAAUGAGGAGCUGCCAAUUGCUCCAAAUGAAAUGGGGUGACUCAUUUUCUCACCUGUUCUUUAACAAGCCUAGUAACUGCUCACCUCUAUCCAUCUAAUUCGCAUGUGGCUCUGGGUCUCAGUUGGAGUCUUGGAAUUCAGCACCCUUGGGUGAUUUAGUCAUCAUUUGCAUAUCCUUGUUUCUCUGAGGACACAGUGGGCCUGUGUGGACCAGCAGGGACACUGGGCUGGUAGCAGGUACAUUUGCAUCUCUUCUGUCUCAGGCAUGAUGGCCCUGGAUAUUAGGAAAGACUGACCUGAAGACCCUCCAGGACUCAUGCCAGGCAUGAGAGGCCAGGCCCCAACCCUAACAUCUUGUUUGGCCACCACAGUAGUUGGAGCAGGCCAGUGGGCAGGAGGCAUGUGGUUUGCUCUUAAUGCAUGAAAAGUAAAUUUGUACUUGAUAGAGCUAAAAUACGAUCUUUUUGUAAUCUCUCAUCUGAACCCUGUAAUUUGAGCCAAUGCCUUGCUUAAAUUUUGGUCUCCAAUUUCCUUCCAGAGAAGAGGUCAAAGAGUAGCCUCUCUGAGAAAGAGGCUAGAUGGGGGCAGGGAUUCGAGACCAGAUUUUUCUCUUUCACAGCUCAGAGCUAAUUUAUUUUUUCUUCUGAAUCUCAGGGUCUCAUCUCACAGAUAUAAGUUACUUUACAAACUCAGUGACUUACCAGGAAUUUUUUUUUUUUUCUCCCAAUCUUAAAUUCACAAAUUAAGCAAUGAAAAGUCAGAUCUUCACAGUUCAUAUUGCCUCUUGUCACCAGGUCCAUUGUCUUUGGGGAUAGGAGCCACAUCACACAUGACUUUUAGCUGACACCUGCCACUGAGCAGAGCACUGGGAGCUUGGGGGAGGGGCCCCCGGUUUUGCAGGGUGGGAGUGGAGAGCCUUUCCUGAAGUCUGCACCUCUCAUGAGCCUCCUCCGCCCCCUGCUGGCUAAGUGAGGGUUUGGCAGCUUGGGAGAGCUACCCUGAGAGCAAGGGUAACUAACUGUUCCUCAGCAGUCACAGUUGGCCUCUGUAAUAAGCAAAAGGCCAUGGAAGUCUUAUUUUUCUAGCAGAUUUGCUUCUGAUGUCUUUACCUGAGAAUCAAAAAUUUCUGCUGUCUACCUUUAACAUACCCAAUAAUUAUUUUGGGCAGUAAAUGCAUAGAAUGUAUAAAGAUAUGCAGUCUAUACCUUCCUGCAUGUAUAUUUUCUUUUAGGUGUAAGCCACAGGACAGGAGAGCUACAGUGAGUAGGAGGAAGUGCUUAGAGUGAAAGAUGCUGUGGGGCCUCCCUGUGGCCCUCCACAUGUGGCUGUGCCAUCUCAGGUCAGGUCACUUAUGUGGUGGUAGGACCCCUCAGAACAAACAUCUGCUGCAACUCGGGGUGUGAGGACUUUGGGGAAAGGUUGGCUGUUCCUAGGGCCACCGAGAUUGUUUUGUAGUGGGCUGGGCCCAAGGCCAAGCUGAAGGUAGUUCAAUUCCAUUAUCUGGUGCUCAGACACUCAGUAGAACAAAACCAAAGCCCUCCUGCCCUAAGCCAGCCACCCUUUCACAAUAGAAUUGCUGGCUGGGCCCUGCCUGGCUGGCAGGAAGCUAGGGGGCAGCCCUGAGCCAACCCAGAGAGGCCUGGAUUUGCAAGCAGUUUCUUUUGUGUGCCAUGGAACACCAAAAGAUGAGUGGAGAUCUUCUCAGUACUCUUGUCAAAGGUGCCAUCAGCAAGGUGUGGUCUCAUGAAGUCUCCAGUCAUGUUCCCAUAGGAACCCUUAUGUUUGACUAAAGCCGGGACCCUACUUCUUUGGAGGGAGGUAGGCUGGGGGCUGGCAGAGGUACAGAUGGGGCCUGGGGUUGGCUCUGGGCUUAGGCCUGCUCCCUGACUCCAGUAUGAGAAAGAAUCUCAGCUGCUUUGGUUGGGAUUUUAAAUGCAAAUGAGAAAAGUGUUCCCUGCUCUUCAAAAUGCUGGCAGAUGUCUCUCCUGCUGGUUGGUGGGCAGGAAACCAAAUUGGGACUGCUCCUGAUACAGAAGCCAGAAUCACUGAGAAGUUCUGGAGAACCCAGUCUCCAGAGCCCCAGGGAGGUGUUUUAAAUGAAAACACCACAAUCAGAAGUAAAGGGCUUCAGGAGAAGGAGACAUACCCCCUUCAAGUGAGGCUCCUGCCAAUUCUCAGACAUGCAGUUACAUGUCAAAGGACUUUGCAUCAUCAGCCAUGUAAAAGAAGGAAGACUUUCUAACAUGCCCUGCCCCCACCCCAUCCCACUGUCCUACCCCAGCUGACACUAUCCCAGAAGAGGCUGCUCUCCCAGUGCUUGAAUGGCUUCAGGGUAUCGUGGUUGGUGGCCCUGUGCCCUGGUGGCCAGAAGAAAAGUCACCUGCUAGCUCUGCAGGUCCCAUGGCCCUUUCGACGUUGCACAUGAAUGGGGAAGGCUGUGGCUGCCACCAAAGGCUGUCAUGUUUUCUUCAAGUUGGACUUCUGCAAAGCUUGAUAUUUUCUCAAGGUUAAUCACAAUCUUUUAUUCUUCAUUUUCUUGGUAAAAAUGGAGGGUUUUUUAAAGUACUAUUUUUUGUUUUAUCUUCAGAACCUUUAGGAAGGCCAGGCCCAGGCUUCUUAUUUUGUCUCCAAGUGGGCUGUGAGAGGCACUGUUAGGGCCCUGGCUCCUGAGAAGUGAUUGGCUGCUCUUCUUGGGGGGCUGUAGAUGGGAAGGGAAAGUGGGUCAGAGAUGUGUCCCUGUGGCUAUAAUGCUGGAGCCCCUGCAGUAUCUCACAGGACUCAGACGAUUCCAAAAUGGGUAGAAAACGGUCAUGUCACUGGAUGCUUGUUUAGAAAUAAAAGUGGAUGCUGCUGAA